GAUUCAGAUCUGUGGUUCGAAGACGGCAAUACGGUCGUGAUAGCCCAGAAUGUUGCAUUCCGCGUACACCGGACACUGCUGUCUCGUCACUCCGAUACCUUCAAUGACCUGUUCACCAUUCCACAGCCCACUACCUUGGAUUCUGUGGGUGAUUGUAUGGAUGGUUGUCCCAUAGUCCGUGUGGCCGACUCUGCACACGAUUUCAAGCGUCUCCUCCAUGCACUGUAUGACGGCGUAAAUUACCUGAAGCAUGACGAGUCGAUGGAAUUUUCGGACCUAGCCGCGCUCGCCAGGUUGGGGAACAAGUACCAGUUAGACAACCUCGUCUCAGGCGUUUGCGGCCGUUUGGCAUCUGUCUUCUCUACAAAGGUCAAGAACUUCAACCCUGCAACUUGGGGCGCCGAUCCUCCGCUCAUCAAUGUGAAAGCCAGCGAUACCAUUGAGGCGUUCAAUCUCUUCCGCCUCCUAGGCAGAGCAGACAUGAUUCCCGUGGCCAUGUAUGUAUGCUGCCAGCUUCCCAUCUCGACGCUCGUACGAGGAGUGACACGGGCAGAUGGGACGCGCGAGCAGCUAAGCCAGGGCGACCUCGAGGCCUGCCUGGUAGCACGCGAGGCUCUCACCGCAGGAUAUGCGUGGCUUUCGCUUACGUUUCUCGAGGUCAGCGCUUGCGGGACAUGCACAAUCCCCGGACGAUGCACACUGGCCAUCAGCGACGUCCGCCAAGGCCCCGCAUCGGGACCGGAUCUCUGCCAGGGGACUGACGUCCUGUCUGGUUCGCUCGCGUUUCUAGCCGGGAGCAUGCACCGGGACCAGCUCAUAUGCGACGAUUGUCGGGAUAUGCUCAUGUCGCGGCACGAGUCUAUUCGAAAGACGCUAUGGGAGCAGCUUCCGACGAUGAUGAACUUG